AUGUGGAUCCACACCGGGGCGCUGAAUUCCCUCUCAAACCACUUGUGCAAGCGUGUGCAGAGCAGAGCGCAACUGGGGAACUUGGAAGCUCGCUUAAAUCUCACAGCAAAUCCCUUUAGCUGUGUGAGUUGACAUGGCUUGACUGAUCUCUUGAGGGAAGUUUCAGGAAAUGCAACAGGUGGCGGAGCGGAGGGAAUGAACUGUGCACUGCCCUCUCGUUAGCGUCCCAGGCUAGCUGCUGGUAACGUUACUUAAAGGUGCCAGUGUUGGGAGCCGGACAGGGGAACCAAACUGCGCACUCCUUCACACGGUCAGGUGGCACCAUGGAUGACAACAGCCUCAAUGACUCCAAUGUAAAGGUCGCUGUUCGUGUGCGACCACUGAACAGGAGAGAAAAAGACCUAAAGACAAGAUGUGUGGUGGAGAUGGAGGGGAACCAGACCGUUCUGCAUCCGGCCAUCACCAACAUGAACAAAGGAGACCCCCGGAAUCAGCCAAAGGUUUUUGCCUACGACCACUGCUUCUGGUCAAUAGACGAAUCUCAAAAAGACAAGUUUGCAGGUCAGGAUGUAGUGUUCCAGUGCCUCGGGGAGAGUCUGCUGGACAGCGCCUUCAUGGGCUACAAUGCAUGCAUCUUUGCUUACGGACAGACAGGCUCUGGGAAGUCGUACACCAUGAUGGGCUCAGCGGAGCAGCCCGGUCUGAUCCCGCGGCUCUGCAGCUCCCUGUUCGGCCGGACUGUGAGGGAGGCUCGGGAGGGAGAGAGCUUCACCGUGGAGGUCUCCUACAUGGAGAUCUACAACGAGAAGGUCCGAGACCUGCUCGACCCCAAAGGAAAUCGCCAAGCGCUGAGAGUGAGAGAGCACAAAGUUUUGGGGCCUUAUGUUGAUGGCCUGUCUCGCCUGGCUGUGUCCUGCUACAAGGACAUAGAGUCUCUGAUGUCGGAAGGCAAUAAAUCGCGCACCGUAGCGGCCACAAAUAUGAAUGAAGAGAGCAGCAGAUCCCACGCUGUGUUCAACAUCAUCCUCACACACACACUCAUGGACCUAUUGUCUAAGACGAGCGGGGAGAAGGUGAGCAAGCUGAGUCUGGUGGAUCUGGCCGGCAGCGAGCGCGCAGCCAAGACUGGAGCAGCGGGGGAGCGGCUGAAAGAAGGGAGUAACAUCAAUAAGUCCCUCAGCACUCUGGGUUUAGUUAUCUCGGCCUUGGCUGACCAGGGAGCAGGGAAGAACAGGACCAAGUUUGUUCCCUACAGAGACUCUGUGCUGACCUGGCUGCUCAAGGACAGCCUGGGAGGGAACAGCCGCACAGCCAUGGUCGCCACCAUCAGCCCGGCCGCGGACAACUACGACGAGACGCUGUCCACCCUGCGCUACGCCGACAGGGCCAAGAGCAUCGUCAACCACGCCGUGGUCAACGAGGACCCCAACGCCCGCAUCAUCCGACAGCUCCGCGAGGAGGUGGAGAAACUGAAGGAGCAGCUCACCGAGGCCGAGUCUAUGAAGGCCCCCGAGCUGAAGGACAGGCUGGAGGAGUCUGAGAAACUUAUCCAAGAAAUGACCGUCACCUGGGAGGACAAACUCCAGAAGACUGAGGCUAUUGCGCAGGAGCGUCAGAGGCAGCUGGAGAGUCUGGGCAUUUCCCUGCAGUCUUCUGGAAUCCGAGUGGUGGAUGACAAGUGUUUCCUGGUCAACCUAAACGCUGACCCUGCCCUCAACGAGCUGCUGGUCUACUACCUGAAGGAGCACACGCGUGUGGGCUCGGCCAACUCGCAGGACAUCCAGCUGUGCGGGAUGGCCAUCCAAGCGGAGCACUGCGUCAUCGACAUCACCGAGGACAGCGGCGUGGUGCUCAGUCCUCACCGCAACGCUCGAACAUGUUUGAAUGGUGCUGCCGUCACCAGUCCAGUGCAGCUUCACCACGGUGACAGAAUCCUGUGGGGAAACAACCACUUCUUCAGGAUCAAUCUGCCGAGGCAUAUGGUCCGCGCGGGAGCUGAGGACGAGGAGAGCGGCGCCGCGAUGAAGACGUGUUUGAGCACAGAGCGGCUGGAGGUGGACUUUGACGCGUCCAGCGACGUGUCGAGCGAGCUGAGCUUCGGCUACGAGUUUGCUCAGGCCGAAGUCAUGAUGAAAGGCAUGGGCAACAACGACCCUUUGCAGGCGGUGUUACAGACCCUGGAGAGGCAGCACGAGGAGGAGAAGCGCUGUGCCCUGGAGCGCCAGAGGCAGAUGUACGAACAGGAGCUGCGGCAGCUCCGCCAGAGGCUUACUCCUGAGAAACCCUCACGCGGCCUGGACCCAGCGGGCACUGCUGCUGCUGUGACAUCACCCAGCUCCACCAAGCGCAUGCGCCGCUGGAGCGAGGACAGAGAAGCGAUGAUGACUCGCAGCCUGCGGCGCCUGAGGGAGCAGAUAGUCCGGGCCAACCUGCUGGCGCAGGAGGCCGGCUUCAUCGCCGAGGAGCUCAGCAAGAGGACGGAGUACCUGGUCACUCUGCAGAUACCUGCUGCCAACCUGGAUGCCAACAGGAAGCGUGAUGUAGUAUUAAGUGAGCCGGCCAUCCAGGUUCGCCGUAAAAGUAAAGGGAAGCAGAUCUGGGCUCUGGAAAAGCUGGAGAACAGGCUGGUGGACAUGAGGGAACUCUACCAGGAGUGGAAGGACUUUGAUGAAGACAACUCUGUGAUGCGCUCCUAUUUCAAACGCGCCGACCCGUUCUUCGAUGAACAGGAGAACCACAGUCUGAUCGGUGUGGCCAACGUUUUCCUGGCCUGUCUGUUCCACGACGUCAAGCUGCAAUAUGCAGUGCCCAUCAUCAACCAGAAUGGAGAGGUGGCCGGUCGGCUGCAUGUGGAGGUGUGGCGGGGUACAGAGGGCUCUGAGGAGGAAGGCCCUGUACAGUCUGUACGUCAGCACAGCAACACAGACGGAGAUCCACAGGAGCGCAAACUGGACUGUGUGGUGAACAUCCUCCAGGCCAACGGUCUGCCUCGCCACCUGUCCAACUUUGUCUUCUGCCAGUACCACUUCUGGGGGCAGGACGAGUCGGUGUUCAUCGCUCCAGAGAUAGAGCCAUCCAGCUCGUCCUCCACCUCCAGAGACCCUCAGUGCACUGUGGUCUUCGACAGCGCCAAGGAGUUCUCUGUGCCGGUGUCAGAGGACUUUGUGGAAUAUUUGGCAGAGGGGGCGGUGGCCAUUGAAGUGUACGGCCACAAGCAGGCCAACCAUCGGAGGAACCUGGCACUGUGGGACCUAGGAGUGAUUCAAGCCAAGACCCGAACCCUCAGAGAAAGGUGGAGCGAGGUGACCCGCCGCCUGGAGUUGUGGGUGCAGCUGAGUGAGCUGAACGAGGCGGGAGAGUUCUGCGCUGUAGAGGUUCUUCCCGCCAAAGACGUGCGCACAGGAGGAGUCUUCCAGCUCCGACAGGGUCAGUCCCGCCGGGUCCAGGUGAAGGUGCGUUCAGUACCAGACUCGGGCACAAUGCCCCUCAUCGCCGCCUCUAUUCUCUCUGUAUCCAUCGGAGACGUCAAGAUCCGGCAGGCACGUCUCUCCAAAGGCAGUGAAUCACAAUGGGGUGGGGAUGAAGAAAUGGACAGCUACCAAGAGCUAGACCUGGAGAGGAUGAGGGAACAGUGGCUGGCCACACUCACUCAGAGACAGGAGUAUCUGGACCAACAGCUACAGAAGAUAGUUUGCAAACCAGAUAAGUCAGAGGACGAUGUGGAAAGGGAGUCCCAGCUGCUGGAAUGUCGUCUGACGCUCACCGAAGAACGCAACGCCGUUCUGGUGCCGUCGGCCGGCAGUGGCAUCCCCGGAGCCCCCGUAGAGAGGGUUCCUGUCCCUGGCAUGGAAACACACAUUCCUGUCCUGUUCCUGGAUCUCAGUGCUGAUGAUUUCCAGGCCAGUCUUUCAGCACCACUGGCCGGGGGGCUGGAUGCGUUACUCAGUGGGGAGGAUGAGGAUGAAUUCUUUGACCUUCAUAUUGUUAAACGCUAUGAUCCAGAGGUGAAGGUGGAGGCCUCCUGGGACUCGACGGUCCACAAAUGCCCCCAGUUGAGUCGCGUGAUGUCAGCUGACCAGAGGGUCUACCUGACCGUCAGCACAGUGGUUCAGCUGAGCCACCCGGCCCAGAUGCAGCUGGUACUCAGGAAACGCAUCUGUGUCAACGUCACCGGGAAACAGGGUUUUGCUCAGAGCCUGCUGAAGAGGAUGUCUCAGCGCAGCACCAUCCCUGGCUGUGGAGUCACCUUUGAAAUCGUUUCUAAUAUCCCAGGGGACAUCCAUGGUCCAGAGGACAGGGAGAUGUUGGCCAGGCUGGCUGCCAGCACCGAGGACGGCCAGUCAGCUGACAGCGAGGCGGCCAUAGAGAAGUACCUCCGCAGCGUCCUGGCUGUGGAGAACAUCCUCACUCUGGACAGACUCAGACAGGAAGUGGCUGUUAAGGAACAGCUGGCAGUCCGAGGGAAAGCUUCCACACGCUGCCUGAGCUCUCCAAACAUCCAGCAGCUGUCAGCCAACAGUCUGAAUCGCUACUCCUCCACUCAUAGGCUCAAUGACGUCAAGGGCUGGGGGAGCCACCAGGACCUUUCUUUUGUGAGUCCUUCAUCUAUACGCACAGUGCCUAGCUCCAUAUCCCAAAGCCUUCACCCAGAUACAGUGCAUUCAGGCUUCGCUGCGUCUUAUCUCCCUCCAGUGAAGGCCGUACCCAAGCUGCUGAAGUCCCUGCUUCCUGGUGGGAAAGAAGAUGCUAGAGACCAGACAGCCGUCCAUCAGCAGAGUUUGCCUCGCAUCAUGGUGCAGUCAGCCAGUGUUGAUGAUGACAUGAGCAAACACCAGCAGCUGGUUCCCAUUGAGGAAAUCAUUCCUCCCGACCUCCAACCAGAAAGCCCCAGAUCCGUGCCCCUCCCGGAGACGGAAGAGUCCACCCACAGCCCGGCGAGCGAAGCAUCGAGCGGAUACAUGUCGACGUGCAUAUCUACGGCAACGCUGUCGGACGUCUACACACUGAGCUGGGACCUGCCUCCGGCAUCCGGCAGCAGAAGCGACGGCUUCGAGACGGUGCCAGAUGAAGAGGAAGAGGACGAUAAAGCGGCACAAUCUGACUCGAAUCGUAACGACGUAUCGUGGUCCGAUUCAAUUAUCCUAAGUCGACAAGAACCAAACCAGUCUCCGUCAGUCAAGUUGAAGGAGCGUGAAGAGCCGGAUUCAGGUGCCGAAUCAGACGCGCUACGCCAGAUCAAACAAAAGCAGGACUCAGCUACUGACCAUAUCGGAUCAGAACAGUUCGACGAAUCAGAGCCAGUUAAAGAUUCAUCGUUAGUGCCAGAGAAGGAAACCAAACGGACGGACGUUUCACAAGCAGACCACUCAAAACCAGAAACCCCUCCGACAGAAGAACUCGAGCUAGCUGCCACCGACGAGACCGAAGCUGAACCGUCGCUCCGCUACGAACCACCGACGCAACCGUCUCCACGAGAAGGUCAAAGUCAGUCUGAUACAACCGUGCCACAGCCACGGCAGCCCAAACACGACCAAAAACCCUUCAACAGUGCCCAAGAUCCGGCCCCAAACCUGGUGCCAGAUGUGCGCCAAGUCUUGGUUCCAGCUCCUGCCCCGUCUGGAGAUUUGGUUCUUCUAUCUUUGUCCGAAGAACAAGCCACUUCUGAGGCCUCCAACUCAAAUGGCGCCUCCGCCCCGACUUCAUCCUCAACCACUAAAGGAGUCCGACAGGAAGCACCUGCCAACGCAACGUCUAAGAACGCCACCGCGGCCCCAGCUCCUUCUCUGUCCAGUGUUCCGCCUUCCAAACCGCAUGCCUCAGUGGCAAACCCCUUCAAGAUCCAGAAAGUGAAGUCUUCCGACCUCCGGUCCUUCCAGCGUAUUGUGGGCGAGGAGGAGGGUAAGCCUGCGCAGGCGGAGCGGGCCAGCAGCCUGGGGGCGGGACUUAACCUCUCCGUGCCAAUGGAAAACCAGGAAAUGAUCUCCGACUCUGAGGAAGGAGACGCUGCUGCGGUUCUCCCCGACUGGUUAAAAGAAGGCGAGUAUGUGACCGUGGGGAACAACAAGAGCGGCACCGUCCGUUACGUUGGACCCACCGAUUUUGCAGAGGGCACCUGGGUGGGAGUGGAACUGGAGGUACCAGCAGGGAAGAAUGACGGCUCAGUGUGCGGCAAGCACUACUUCCACUGUAACCCUGGUUACGGCGUGCUGAUAAGGCCAGACAGGGUGAGCAGGGCCAGCGGCAAGCGCCGUCGCCAACAGCAAAAGCGGCGCAGCGCCAACCUGUCUGGAUCCAGCCCCAACCUGGCAGCCCUUACCGCGCUGGCCAAAGGCGGAGGCGGUGGGGCAGCGCCCGGCCGCAGCAGAGGAGAGAACCGCAAGUCGUGGAACACCUGAGAGGCUCGCUGUCCGCUAAAUGACUCACCGCUGGACAAACGCAUGCAGCAACUGGCUGACAUGACUAUACAUCUCAACAGCGUGGUUCCGGACGUAAACAUCCCAUUGAUUUUUCUCCAUAAGGAUUUUGAUUAUGAGCCAUAACGUCUAAACCAUCCGAGGCAGACUGACCACGAGCUACGAGGUUGGGAAACAAAGGUUUAUGUUCCUGUAAAAGCUAGAAAUCCGUAUUAAAUCAACCUUAUUUCAAGAAAAAACACAUUUUAUUCACGAUCUCAUGGAGAAAAACGGCACUACCCACAAUCCUAAGCGUAACAGCGACGUCUGUUAUUGGUCGAAACGACUAGAUCGAGCUUCUACCAUUGAAGUCUAUGAUAGUUUCUCUACACUGUCUUGUACCUUUUUUUUUGCCGUUUUCAAAAUUUCUUUUUUUUUGUGCCAGAUCAAAUCUUUAAUAGUCACGAUUGCUCUCGUUGCUAGUUGGCUUGGAUCCAGACUUAAAACUCUUCAUAUAAGCAAUUUUUGAAAUUGAAUUGAAUGGGGGGAAAACACUUCCGGAACCAGAGCCGUUAAAAAAAGCGGGCGGUCACUGUUGAGCUCUACAGGGUCCGCUUUCAGAAAGAGUGACAAUACAGUAUUUUAUUUGGGUCGAUGGACUAAAGGCUCCACUGGAUCUGGUCCUUUACUGUAAGUUUGGGCAACUCAAGAUGAUCGAGUCUGCGCUCCUCUGUUGGGAGGGGGGGGGGGAAGGCUCUCCCCCAUCAAAUGUUCAUCACUCAUCUGUUAAAGGACUGUAUCCUACCCUAACCCUUUUUUUUUUUUAUCUGAAAAUAGGAAUGUUUUUAGGUAUGUCAAGGCAAAUAACCUUUUCUCUGUAAUUAACUUCAUGUCAAAUGGCAAGCAGGCCCUAGAAUGAGAUGCCUACACCAUCACCCAGGUUCAGCAUGAAGGUGCAACCGACUAUUGACUAUUCUCGUGACUAGAGUAGAUUCCCCGUCAAACACCCCGACCUAUGGGUGGUCUACGCCUGACCCUGCCUUUCUAAGGUCCAGCGUUCACCACCACUUAGGCCCAAAAAGUAGGCAACCGCUGGUUGCUUAACACUCCAGCAAAGACUACCACUCUGACUUAGGACCGACGGGACACUUCCACCCGCAUCGACCUACCUAGGCUGAGUCUCACUUCCCUUAAAUUGCCUCCACGUUUCCUCCACUCGCUUCCUUUCCUCGCGUCUCGAUCCGUCCCACCGAGGAAGCACGGGAGAGACACGGUAAUAUUUACAGUCAACCAUCGACCGUUAAUAUUAGUGGACCGAGCACGUGUGACGUCACCCGUUGGUUUGUGGCGGUCCGCUGCGAGUCGUCGAGUUUGCCGUUACGGGCGCAGCCAUCCUGGUUGCGGAUGUGACGAUUUUAGACGAGAGGGAGGAGUGAGGGAGGAGCCGUAGACUGUUGGGCGCUAUCUGACUGUGACGUUAGCUGAGAGUUGGCAACGCGGCUUACACUCUACGUCACACGCGUUCACCGGCAAUCUGGAUGCAGCUGCUGCUGAAAGCUAGCCUACAUAAUUCGAGUUAAGAUUUAGCUUCGCUAGGUUUGAAAUAUAUUUGUCCCAUAGUUAUAUUACAUAUAAGACAGGCCGCGAACUGUCAAUCACAUCACAGCCACGCCCUAAAACACCCCGUGCUUUAUCGCCGAUUUUAAAAUCAACGAGACCAUAAUUCA